CAUCCGAAGAACCCCAACAACUUGCGUUGGCAUCAGGGAAGAAAGGCGGAGGGAGGGGGAAAGGGAGGAGGGCGAUCCAAUCAUCACUCCACCGGCGUCCCUGAGCGGCGAAGAGCCUACCGCCGAUCCGAUCGAGUUCUCGGGGGGAUCUCCUCACGAAUCACUCCAACCGAAAUCCUAGUUGCCCCCACGAACCGGAGGGUCCAAGAUGAGUUUCUUGUUCGGGAAGCGGAAGACGCCCGCCGAGCUCUUGAGAGAGAACAAGAGAAUGUUAGAUCGAUCCAUCAGGGAAAUUGAACGGGAGAGGCAAGGAUUGCAGGCCCAGGAGAAAAAGCUCAUUACUGAGAUCAAGAAAACAGCUAAAGAAGGCCAGAUGGGAGCUGUCAAAGUAAUGGCCAAAGAUCUUAUUCGUACCCGGCAUCAGAUAACAAAGUUCUAUCAACUUAAAUCCCAGCUCCAAGGAGUUUCUCUAAGAGUUCAGACGCUAAAAUCAACUCAAGCUAUGGGUGAUGCUAUGAAGGGUGUUACAAAAGCAAUGGCUCAAAUGAAUAGGCAGCUAAAUUUGCCAGGAUUGCAGAAGAUAAUGCAAGAGUUUGAGCGACAAAAUGAGAGGAUGGAGAUGGUGAGUGAGGUGAUGGGAGAUGCCAUAGAUGAUGCUUUGGAAGGAGACGAGGAAGAAGAAGAAACCGAGGAGCUUGUGAAUCAAGUACUUGAUGAAAUUGGCAUUGAUAUCAACCAAGAGCUUGUUGGAGCCCCAUCGGCUGCUGUUGCUCAGCCUGCUUCUGCUGGAAAGGUUGCCCAGGCUGAAAGUGCCGGGAACGCUGACAGCGGAAUCGAUGCCGAUUUGCAGGCAAGAUUGGACAAUCUGAGGAGAAUGUGAUUGCUGCCCGAUGCUGCGUUAGCAAAAGAGUAGUGCCUUGUAGCACCGUUUCCUGUGAAUGUGAAUGAAUACCCACUAAAACAAAAGUUACAAGCCAGCGUGUAUGUUGAAACAAAUGAAGUAUUCAAUAUGCCGGUAAUAACAGCAAGUGUAUAUCUGCAAGUAUGUUGUGUUUGGAAAAGUCGAUAUGAAUCGUUUCUUCCCUUCUGAAUCCAUGAAGGAUUGUUGUCUGCA